UCAAUUCAUUAUAGUUUAAGUUAGAAAGUCACUUUAUUGAUAGAGAUAGAUAAGACAUUGAAAAUUCUAAAUUCACAAUUCUAAAUCUUGUAGAAUUCACAAUUCUAUCUUGUGCUCACAGUAUGUUUGUUUGUAGGUGGAGUUAUUGUCAAUUUUUUUUUAAGAUGAGGUGUGUACGGGCUGUGCUUUGUGGGAUUGUGCUGCUAAUGCAUGUUAUGAUAACCAAUUCACAAGCCUCAGACGAUUCACCCAGUGGAGACUGUUCUCAGUUUGCUUCAUGUGAUAGCUGCAUCAGUGGAGACCCAACCCUCAAUCUCACACGAUGUGUCUGGCAAAGUUGUAAUAACGGGAAUGACACAGGAUGCAUGUCUGACACUGGAGACUUUGGGGACUGUUCUGUCUUCAAUGAGACUGGCAUGUGCCAAACAGACAGUGGCAGCUCUGAUGAUGGUGGCAAAGAUAACACAACCCCGGAGUUCUCUCAAGCAUCAUUUGACCUGUCCAGCUUCAUUGGGGGAAUCAUCUUAGUGCUAGUAUUGCAAGCAGGGGGAUUUUUUGCCAUGCGCUUCCUCAAAACCAAAGACAGCUCUUAUGAAACUAUUGACCAACCUCAGUGAAAACAGGGUCAUGAAUGAGACAGAAAAUCACAGAACAAAAGAAAGAGAAAUGGAUUUUCAGAGGAAUGGAUGCAGCAUUGAUGAGUUAAAGACACUUUUUAUUUUUUCGCUGGCCCUAAAAUUGCAUUAGCUUUUAAAUGUUGGUAAAGCAUCAUUGAAAUUCAUUCCCUCCAGUUCUUGAAUGACAAACACUAUUUUGUGUGUGUGUGUGUGUGUACAUGAGAUAGAAAUGUGACAAGAAAAUAAUAUAGGCAUAUCAUAUGACAUAUGUUCACAUUUAAAUGUACGUUUCUGAUUGUCUUUUGCGUUGUGUGUUCUUUUAGGUGAUUUAUCUCAGUUUUUGAAUUUUUGGUUUGUUUCAGCUUCUGUUUAUUAGUUUAAUAAGACCAACUGCUGAAAUAUUCUUUUUAAUAUUUUGAAUAGG